UCCUGCCGCCGGGCGGGCGGGCCACAGCCGCCCUUCGCGCCCGCCCUCUCUCCGUCCCGGAGCCAGCCUGCCAGCCAGCCGGGCCGGCGGCGGCGGGCGGGAGGCCGGCCCGAUGCCCGAGCCAGGCCCCAGGAUGAACGGCUUCUCUCUGGGCGAGCUGUGCUGGCUCUUCUGCUGCCCGCCCUGCCCGAGCCGCAUCGCCGCCAAGCUGGCUUUCCUGCCGCCCGAGCCCACCUACACGGUGCUGGCGCCUGAGCAGCGCGGCCCCAGCGCGUCCGGCGCGCCAGCAGCGGCCCCGGCCGCCGCAGCCGCAGCCGCCGCCGCCGCGGCCCAGUCGGCGCCACAGCAGCCCGAGGAGGGCGCGGGGCCCGGCGCGUGCAGCCUGCACCUCAGCGAGCGUGCCGACUGGCAGUACUCACAGCGCGAGCUGGACGCCGUCGAGGUCUUCUUCUCGCGCACGGCCCGGGACAACCGGCUCGGCUGUAUGUUCGUGCGCUGCGCGCCCUCCAGCCGCUACACGCUGCUCUUCUCGCACGGCAACGCCGUGGACCUGGGCCAGAUGUGCAGCUUCUACAUCGGCCUCGGCUCGCGCAUCAACUGCAACAUCUUCUCCUACGACUACUCGGGCUACGGCGUCAGCUCGGGCAAGCCCUCGGAGAAGAACCUCUACGCCGACAUCGACGCCGCGUGGCAGGCGCUGCGCACUCGGUACGGCGUGAGUCCUGAGAACAUCAUCCUGUAUGGCCAGAGUAUUGGGACCGUCCCCACAGUGGACUUAGCAUCGCGGUAUGAGUGCGCAGCAGUCAUUCUCCAUUCCCCUCUGAUGUCUGGUCUGCGGGUGGCUUUUCCAGACACCAGGAAAACAUACUGCUUUGAUGCUUUCCCCAGCAUUGACAAGAUCUCCAAAGUCACCUCUCCCGUGUUGGUCAUCCACGGUACGGAGGACGAGGUCAUUGAUUUCUCCCACGGCCUGGCCAUGUAUGAGCGCUGCCCCCGAGCCGUGGAACCCCUCUGGGUUGAAGGGGCCGGGCAUAAUGACAUAGAGCUUUAUGCACAAUAUCUUGAAAGACUAAAACAGUUCAUAUCUCACGAACUUCCCAAUUCCUGAAGAAGAAAACUUGAUUUUACCUCAUUUACUGUGAACAAAGAGUCCUCUGUUUUGCACAUGCUUUAACUGGAUAGCUAUAAUGGCUUGAUAACCAUGAAGAAGUGCCCAACCUCUAGGGUAUUCUAAUCAAAGAGCUGAUGAAAUCUCAAUCUUUUGAAUCUAGAGGUUGUUCUAAUUCACACCUGUUAAUCCGAACAGUAGUAAUCUCCAGCUUCAUUACCUUACAGGAACUGGAAUGACAGCUGAAUGUGAGAACAGUUUUCUAGUGCUGUAUAAAGUAUGCUCACAUCUGUUUUCUCUACCUUACCCAUCAUUUAUUAUUCAUACAUGCAGGACUCAACUCUCUCUCCACCAGUGUUCUCAGUAUUUGAAACACAGCUCUCUCCGCCACUGGAUUCAUGGGUUCUGUCCAUUUGUGAAGCUCUGAUAGUGUAACUGGAAAACUAUUGCGAUGAACACUCCUUUGUUAGUUUUUUCCAACAUGCUGACCUUCCCCUAAACAAAUCAAUUGAAGGGUGAUUUACUGGAACUAUCAUGAACAGCUUCUACAACUGUAACCAUAUAAAUAUAACUGGAAUAUUCUUAAACAAAAUGAAACUGGGGUUUUUUUUAAGUGUAAAUUUAUUACUAGCCAACAGAGUUUUAAUAUUUUGAUUGUCUGGUUGGUCUAACAGAGCCUAGCAGACUUUCCUUCUGUAAAGUCCUCCUUAUAGGCUUUUUUAAAGUACUGUACAUAUUUCCAAUUACAAUGUGCAUAGAUUCUUAAUGGGUAGUUUUCUUUUGUCAGGCUACAACAAUGAACUGCGAAUUCCUUGUUUGUAAUGUAAAUGAUUGAAUACAUUUUGUUAAUAUGUUUUUAUUCCUAUGUUUUGCUAUUAAAAAUUUUAUAACAUUUCCAGACAAAAUGACAACUUUAUGCUUUGGAGAAUUUAUGUAAUUAAAAUUUCACUAAACUAAUCUUUUUCUUUUAGGGGUUAUUUGGUUUUUGACACUGGAGUUGCGCUGAAUAAGCAUCAAAAAUAUAAGAUGUGUAAAAUUGCUACACUACUUGUAUUGGUUGAGGAUUUGGGUUUGGGGGUUCUUUGGUUUUAUUUUAUUUUAUUUUUUUCAAAUUUAAAAGCCUUAAAUGUACUGGAAGCCUCAGAUUGUUGUACAACUGGAUUAUGGUUGAUUGCCAGUUUGUGUACUGUUGCCUGGAUGCAGCACAGUGGUUGGUGAUGGAAUAAAGGAUGCAUGGAUCAGAA